UCGACAGCCUUGGAUUUGUGGUAGUUUCCGUGUCAAAAUAUUUUUGUUUUGUUUAUCGUAUUUUCCUUUUUUUGUUGUAUUAUUAUGUAAAAAGUAAGUCAAAAAUUGUUAAAUUAAGUCUGAAAUAUUAUAUAACGACAUCAGUAACGUCGAAAAGUUGUCAUGUUUUGGAAGCGCCGUUCUCCAUAGUCAGAGGUGUUAGUCAUGUCAGAUUGCGCGCUGGUAACCAAUAUAAGCGAACAAGAUGCCAGUAUGGACGUGGGGAACGACAAAUCCCUCUUCGAGCCUACUGUUGAAAUGAUGGUAAAUGAUUUCGACGACGAGAGAACAUUAGACGAAGAAGAAGCUUUGGCGGCUGGCGAGCACCAAGACCCAAAGGCGGAGUUGAAUAGCCUGCAGCGUGAAGGUGAUAUGCCAUUGGAAGAAUUACUCGCUCUAUACGGUUAUAAUAAAAACAUGGAUAAGCCAAUUCCAGAACAACCUCCUGAGGUAGUUCCAGAAGAAAAUGAGAAACCAGAGUCAGCUCUGCAGCAGCUUUAUACUGAGACAACUGCUAGUCCCGAGGCUACGAGAUGUCUCAGAUCUGGUUCCAGACCGCCUUCAGAAGAAGAAGACGACUAUGAUUAUAGUCCAGAUGAGGAUGAUUGGAAAAAAACAAUCAUGGUCGGUAGUGAUUAUCAAGCUGGUAUUCCAGAAGGCUUGUGCAGUUAUGAUGAUGCAUUACCAUAUGAAAAUGAGGACAAACUAUUAUGGAACCCAAAUAUUCUUGACGAAAAAGUGAUAGAGGAUUAUAUGAGAAAAAUUUGUGCAAUGAACUGUGGUACGGGCGUAGAUGCUGUUCCACGAGGGAAGCAAUUGCGUGAUGAUGAAGAAGCUCUUUUUCUUCUCCAACAGUGUGGACACAAUGUUGAUGAAGCACUUAGAAGAAGACGCAUAUCCUCUCAAACACCAGCUCAUGCAAACGUGUGGUCUGAAGAGGAAUGUAGGAACUUUGAAAAUGGUAUUAAAAUUCAUGGUAAAGACUUCCACUUAAUAAGACAGCAGAAAGUCAGAACACGGUCUGUUGGCGAACUAGUUCAGUUCUAUUAUAUUUGGAAGAAAACGGAAAGACAUGAUAUAUUUGCCAACAAAACAAGAUUGGAAAAGAAGAAGUACACAUUGCAUCCAGGUCACACGGAUUACAUGGACAGGUUUUUGGAGGAACAAGAAGCUACGGGUACAAGUGUGGUAAGACCAGUUUCACCGUCAAUGAUGGUUUAUGUGCCUUCUCCUGCUACUCAACCUGACCCCUUAGCGCUGGGUGAAAAAGAAGUAUUUUCACAGCUAGCCCACUCCUCACCUCCCAGGACAUUAUCAACUGGCGAACCAGAAAUGGAAAAUGUUUCCUAAUACAUAAUGUACAUUCUCCAGCAGAAUGUUUAAAUUUCUCAUUAGCCCCCCAUCCAUACGUACAAAUUUACUAAUUUAAAUGACUAGAAGGAUUUUAAUAAACCUGCCUUAAUAUUUUAUCAUUAUAGACUGUAAAUAUUGCAUUAUAUAGAAAUAAUUGAAAAGUACUGUGGGUGAGGGAAAAAAACGAUAAUAAUAUUGAAAUUUUAAAGAAAUCAUAUCAGAGCUAGGUGUCAUUGUGAAAUGAACAGAUUUGAUUGAUUGAAUUGAAAUUGUAUGAAAAGGAAAUGUGUAAGAUUAACUUCAUGUGAAAAUAAU